AUGUACUCAUCUAAUCCAAGUUUUGAAAGUUUAAGGAGUUCUAGAAGUGAGUUUUAUAAGUCUUCCCAGAUAAAUCCCAACUCAUCAGUAACAAACUUAAUCAGUUUGAAUCAUAAAUUCGAACAUCCAUCACCAAAGAGAUUUUUUCAAACUCCUAUAACUCCACCCAUAUCAAAUGCUGCAUCUCCAAUUAAAGAGAAUUUAAAAUUCAUCGAACAAAGAUUUGAAAGCUAUAAAGUGGUAGUGCUUUGUGUCAACUGGUAUUUAUCAUCAAUAAUAUCCAAUUAUUCCACUAAACUUAUUCUUCAAGAUUUCACAUAUCCCAUCACUUUAACCCAAUUUCAAUUUAUACUUAAUUCAGUAUUUUCCAUAGCAUUAUUAUCAGUGUUGAUGAACAAUAGAAAUCUUAUUAGUAGGUUUCCUCAACAUACUUUACCAAAUUUUGAUGGGUUGACUAUAAGGAAAUUUAUUACUCCUGAUAGAUUUAUUCUUAAUACCACCAUUCCUAUGGGAAUUUUCCAAUUUGUAGGACAUGUGACUUCACAUAAUGCUACUUCUAUUAUACCCGUAUCAUUAAAUCAUACCAUCAAGGCGUUAAGUCCUAUAACCACAGUGUUAAUCUACAGAUUCUUAUUUCAAAUCAAAUAUCAUUAUAUCACUUAUAUCACCCUUAUACCAUUGAUUUGUGGUAUCAUGUUAUCUUGUUAUAAAACCAGUAGUAACAAAGUCAUUGAAAAUUAUAAUAAAGGACUCAUGUUCUCCUUCAUUUCCAUGUUAAUCUUCGUAUCACAGAAUAUCUUUGCUAAGAAUCGAUUAACCAUCAAUAAUUUAUUACCUAACUCUCAGAAGGAAGAGAGAAAAUUGGAUAAAUUAACCAUUUUAUAUUAUUGUUCCAUCAUAGGGUUCUUAUUUACCUUACCAGUAUACAUUAUACUGGAGUUCAAAGCUCCACAUUUAUCAUUAGGUGAUUUAAACACUUAUAAUAUGAUACUUAUCUUGAUAAAUGGAGUAAGUCAUUUCAUUCAAAGUCUUUUGGCUUUCCAAAUUUUGGGUUUAAUAUCGCCAAUCAAUUACUCCAUUGCCAAUAUCUUGAAAAGAAUCAUCAUUAUCUUAGUGGCUUUCAUAAUAGAAGGUAAAUCAUUAACUUUAAACCAAAUUUUUGGUAUAAGUCUAACAUUCAUAGGAUUAUUUGCUUAUGAUAGAUGGGGAAUGAAGAAAUCUCUGAAGAAGUAA